AUGGGAUUGUAUCUCUUGUUCUUUGCAGAGGCUGCCCAGGAUCCCCGGUACCAGAUAACCCAGCCUGUGUCCCUGUCGGCGCCGGCCGGGGGCUCCGUCACCCUGCCCUGCACCUUCAUCUACCCCGACGAGAUCGAGCCGCUGCGGGACCUCCGGGUUUACUGGAGACGGGGGGGAUUCCAUGGCGAGUUUAUCUACAAUCACACCGAGGGGUUCACCCACUGGGAUUACGGGGACCGCAUUGUCCUGGUCGGGGACCCGCGGGGGAGCCAAACGGCCUCGAUCCGCAUCGACCGGCUGCGGGAGUCGGACACCAGCGAGUACGUCUGCCACGUCAGGGUGCAGAAGAACAACGGCGAAUGGGAUCAAUGGCGCAGUCACCCUGGGACCCACCUCAUGGUGACAGCCCAAGACUCGACAACGAACGCCCCCAGCACGGUGCAGGCGACGACCCCAGCCACAGCCACGACGCAGUGGUCAGCCGGGACGGGGGCAGCCCCGGUGAUUGGGGGGGUGCUGGCGGGGGCCGUCCUGCUGGCCGGGAUCAUCGGGCUGGCUGUGUACAGAGCCCGGAAGAGAACAGGUACCGGCACCCCUGGGGGAUGGACACGCACCACCGCCCCAAGGGAGCUGCCGGGUACCCGCACAAGGCAUUGUGGGAAAUUCCCCGGGCGGCACAGGGAUGGGAGCGGGGGGAGGAGCCAAACACUGCACCAGGCCUGUCCGGUACAUGUGUGUAUCCUGCUGAGCGUGUGACACGGGCAGUAAAGUGUGAUCCUAACCAGAAUGCACUGCUCCCGCUGCGGCAUCAUGGGAUUCUAAGAGUGACUGUCCGUC